GGCUCUGCUGGCCGGGCAGGGCUGUACGGCCGCGGAGCGACAGCGGGAGGCGCCAGCCCGGCGCCGUUAUCGGCUGGGCCCCCCCCGGGUUGGGCCGCGGGCGGUGCUGGGCCCGACGGGCGCGGUUCCCGCGUCGUUUUUCGGAUCAUUACACCGAUAAAAUCAAAGCGAGCUGGACAGGUAGCAAGGCUGCCUAUGUAGACGAAAGAAUUCGCUGAAGGUCACGUAACCUGAGGCCACGCUGGAUCUCGUGACUCCCAGUCUGGUGCUUUAACCACGGACCGCUCCUGCUUUACGUGCUAGCUCACUGACAAUGUCUGGCAAAACAGCUAGCACGACCAACAACAUAGUCCAGGCCCGAAGGACUGUCCAGCAGUUGAGAAUAGAAGCCUCAGUAGAAAGAAUAAAGGUGUCAAAAGCAUCAGCGGACCUGAUGCUUUAUUGUGAAGAACACGCCAAGAAGGAUCCAUUGCUAAUGGGAAUCCCCGCUUCCGAGAACCCUUUUAAGGACAAGAAAACCUGCAUUUUGCUAUAGGGGAGCAGCUCCUUGCAGCCCCCCAGGCAGAGCCUGUGCCGGCGGGCAUGCAGCAAAUACCCUGUAAGGUACCAGCUACUAACUGCAUAAGAGCAGCCAUUCUUCAUCAAGUGUAUAAAUGAUUUUUUAGGCUUUCUAAAGCAUUCCUUCUCUUCCCUAUCUUUAUUAGGAAGCGAGGUUUCAAACUGAAUUCACUUCUUUCUUCUCUGAGGGAAUGGGGUCUCAUCCUCCGCAGCGCUGGGCCCCAGUUUCACUUUUUAUGUUACACAAAUAAGACCAAAGUUGCCUGAGCUUCUCUGACAGAGUGGAGGCAAAGGUGUAGAAACCUGAUGAAACAUCACUGGGUUUACAUUUUUUUUUAAUCAUGUAUACGGGGAGGGGGGGAUGUACCUGUGUCAGUAGCAUCCGUGUGUGUGUUUGUGCACAGACACGUUCAGAAGUGCAUUAUCGAGCAAAAGCUGCCUUGAAAUAAUGACUGUAGCAAUGGCUGGGAGCCGUGCCUGCAGCCUGCCUUCUGCUGGCCUCUCUCACAGGGGUUUUUAAGCGUAAAACCUGAAGGCUCAAGAAUUAGAAAUCCGCGGAUUUAUUUUCCUGCUUUUUAAGAGGAGUUGGAAAAGCAGAAUUUUUCAGCUUUGAUCCCGCUUCUCUUAAUUACCUUCUCUAAUUAAAAAUCUGUGUUAGUAUAUAUAUAAAAAACCCAACAAAACCAGUCAAAAGAAUGCAGGGCUGCAAACUGUGUGCUGAGCUGCAGGCAUGGCUCUGCCACCCAAAGUCCCGGGUAUAUUCUGUGCAGGGAGCCAGAAUCUGGCUCUUUUUUAAAAAUUCAUUUUUAAAGGGGGUAAAAUGCCAAAUUGUAUCCAGAUGGGGGUUAUGCAGAUAUAAUUAGAGGGCCUUUCCGUCAAGUAACUGAUUUUAUAUAUACACAUAAUAAAAAAGUCUUUCUCUGUGUGCAUGUAUAUAUAUAAACUUUAAUAGUAUAUUUAUACACACAUUGCGUAUUAACAGAAAACUUUGAAGAGAUUGAAAAUAAUGCUGAGUUCAGCUGGGUACAAAUGUCUUUCUCUGUAGCUGGUGGUUCAGAGGUUGAGGACGCAAUUUGCCAUAACUGUGCAUUUCUGUCAUGAUAUUUACAGAAUUUAUUAACCACUUGUAAUUUACUGUCUUACGUUGCAUAUUUGUCAUUUCUAUAUUAAAUUAUAUACACACUA